AUGGCACAGAGGACGGUCUCUAGCGCGCGAAGUUCCUUUCGUAUACGUGCGUGUGAUAACUGUCGCCUUCGGAAGAUCAAAUGUGACAAGCUAGUCCCAUGUUCGAGCUGUGGAGCCCUAGGGAUCUCGUGUAGUUCCGCAGCAACCGCGCCAGCUACACCAGAACCUUCACGGCGGACUCAGAGUAACGAGUAUGAGCAGAGAUUUCAUGCGAUUCAACAGCAACUGGAUUCUAUCCAGCAAACACUGCAGCAGAUUUCGAAGACAUCUCCGACCCCCCCAGGCUUAACGGUAGCCAGUCCAGCUCCUUCGCCGACAACGGUACCCCCGUUCGAGGGAAAAUCCUCUUUCCAUCAUGAAACCCUUAUUGCAAGAGAUGCAGCAUUAUCUGCGGUCGGUGCGGUUCGUAAUGGGCAAUUACAUGACCAGGUUUCUUCGGCCCUGUUGUCGUUGAAAGACAGCCUCGACAGCCAGCAUGUACCUCCGCAGCAACGGCAGACUACGCAGGAGAGGAAUCCAGAGCCCCAGAUCCGGGAGACAUUACUUCCUGUUGAUUUAGUAGUUGCUGUGGUAAAAAAAGUUAAAGCGCACCCUCCCUUUUUCCUGGUAAAUCAGUCCUGGAAAGAUGCCCAUCAGCUUGAAUCACUGUGCCAGUCGAUAUACUUCCCAAUCGAAACCAUUCCACCAGGCUCGAUGACUCUUUUACAUGGCUUACUAUACUUUAUUAUUCGGGAUUAUAUGCAUGAGAGAGAUCCCGACCUCGCGCGAUUUGAUCUGGCGUCAAGUGAAGCCUUCUGUGAAAAAAACUUUUCUCAUGGUCUCAAUAGCUACCAGAUGGUGGUAUAUCCCACAUUAGAAAAAGUUCAAGCCUUGCUGAUUGGGGUUAUCAAAGCACAAGAAGAAUUCGAUAUCCAGCGCUGUUGGACGUAUCUGUCCCUGGCCUUCAACUUGUGCCAAACGAUGGGUCUACAUCGGAGUUCUACGACGAAGUCUGACCCCUUCCCCAUUGCGGAAACAAAGCGUCAUACCUUCUGGUCAUUGUACACUAUUGAUAAAAAUAUCUCUUUAAAUAUCGGCGUCACAUCGCAUUUCCAAGACCAUGAUAUUGAUGUGGACCUAUAUACCCCAUCAGAGAAUCCACAACAGCGAUCAUGGGAUCUUAUAAACCUGAUAGUUGUUGAGUUUGCCGCGAUCCAGGGGAAGGUUUAUGAUCAACUUUACUCUAUAGGGGCGUCCAGGACAACAGAGGAUAAGAGGCGGAGUAUAAUCCAAACUCUCUCUCUCGAAUUGAUGGCGGUUCGGGACAAGCUUCUGGAGAUUGACGUCAGCAAGGGUCUCUAUGCAGAUUCGUUGCACGGGAUGACCGCUUGCGCAGACUUUAUUGCUUACUCUGUUUUGACCGUGAUCUACCGGGCCCAGAUGCGGGCGCACAAUGCUAUGGCUAUCUCCUCUCAAUGCUACCAGGCUGCCUCGAUGGCCUUGCAUAGCCAUCUGAAAUGCUUCACCUAUUUCCGCGACCGUCAAGCACAUAAGCAGGCUGAAUAUGUGAAUUGGAUCCUAUUAUACCCUUCAUUCGCACCAUUUGUAAUUGUAUUCACGCACGCUAUUACCACCGCAAGUGCUACUGAUUUAGCACUCUUACAAGAGACUGUUAGAUCUUUAGAGAUGAUAAAGGGAAUAUCACGUGGCUCAAUGCAUCUUUAUACGAUCUGUGAAGCCUUUGCGAAAACGGCGCAGGUCCUCGUUGACUCACGGCAAACCCUGACUGGAUUAGCGCAGCACCAGGAUGGGUCUCUAAUUCUGCCGCCAGGCGAUGGUCCCGCCAAUAUUGCUCUUCCAGAUGUGAUAUGGCCGGAGGAUCUUUUUGAUUCUCAUGUGGACCAAGUCGAUAUCUCAAUGUUCUUGAAUGACUUUAUUGUUACAAAUCGGUCUGUUAUGGACAUUUUAAACUCAAACUAUAUGAAUGAUACGACCAACUGA